GAGUAAGGUGGUUUUGAAGGUCUUAGUGUAUUCUUUUGUCUGAUGCCCAUCAGUCAAGGAUAUCCCCGGUCUAAAGAGCUCACGAACGCCCUCCUCCUUUUUCAAGUAUUUAUUAACCCCUGACUAGUUUCAAGAGUUCCCUUGCAAGAGACACCCACUCCGAGCUGUACAAGUCCACCUGAAUAGAUCGAGAUAGGCCCAGUUCAGUCCGUUCAUGGGGUCUGUCACAAAAGAGUAUCCCUUGUCACGGUUGGCCAUGUUGUCUUUGAUCUUGAGCAGGUUGAUGUCAGGCUCGAGCCCAAACAUCAAAUCGUUGCACAGGCGAUUAGCCUCUGAUGAGAUGUGCUGCCAGGGACCGGAACUGCCCCAUAUAGACCUCUGCCUCUUGCCCCCAGCUCACCCUCUGGUCAUCAUCGCUCCAGUAUAGGAAAAAUGAGAGCAUAUCGUUGCGGGCUGCCACGCACCCGUAGGCACGAAGACUUGUAAAUUCUUCAAACGUCGAUUGGGAUCCCAUGACCAUGUACCGCCUAUGCACAUGUUUAAACAGUUCAAGCUAUUUAAACCGCGGCCGACGGUCGAUUCCUAGAUGAGCAUAUGACCGCAUGGGGAGAGUUCGCCCAAGGAAAAGAAGUCGUUAGAUGUAUAUGAAUCCAGAAAGGUAGGGUGUAUAGGAACGGGCGUUGAGGAAGCUAUUGGUUGCUUCCGAGAAUGCAAGUAUACCGCCGAAGUUCACAAGAACCAUCGAGCUUGAUUGGCCGUCUUCAACCGUUCCGUACAUAGAGCAACACUCAGGCCGAAAACGAGUUCGGCGAG